UCAGAUCACAGUUGUUUCCCCUUUUAACUUACCACAUCCGUCCUCAGUCGUUGAGGUUUAUUUGACACAUAAUAUCAUCGAUACAGUUGUGAGAGGUGUAUUUGACAAUAUGACUAACCUUGAAGUUAUAGAUCUGUCAUACAAUAGAAUAAAUGGCUCAUCGUUACACAUUGAAACGUUCAAAUAUGAAAUCGGACAUUUUGAAAAUAUAAAACGAUUGAUUUUGAAAGGAAAUCAUUUAGGAAAACUGGAAAGAUUAACUUUUACAGCCUAUGGAUUUUCUACUUUGGAAUAUUUAGAUCUAUCGUCUUGUUCCUUAGACACACUUGAACAUUUGUCUAUUGACAAUUUAGCAAGAUUAAAACAUUUAAAUUUAAGUUUUAAUCAUCUUUCGAAAUUUGAAGCGUUGUCGCUAGAAGGUCUUUCAGAAUUAGAAGUGCUUGAUUUGAGUCAUAAUGAGUUUUCAAUAUUAAACGAAAUGUCACGUUUAGUAUCCCUGAAAACCUUGUAUUUGGAUAGCAAUAGGCUAGAAGCUAUUAAAGAGAACAUAUUCAAACCAUUGUUCAAUUUAGAAAUGUUGUCGCUGAAAGGGAACAUGUUUAGAACUUUGUAUCCGUAUUUACUUCCCUUGGAUUCUCAUUACAUCAAGGAGAUACGAUUGGAAGAUAAUCCUUGGCAUUGUGAUUGCAGAAUGCGCUGGUUAGUGGAAAACCAAUCUGACGAAUUCGUCUUCAGGGAUUUUAAACUAAGAUGUGAGUUUCCCUCUAGAUACAGGGGGAAGAAUGUUUUUGACAUCCGAAGCAAAGACCUGAACUGUUAUGCAGAUUAUUCAAGACUCAUUUUACUAUUAACAUUAUUCUUUAUAGUGUGUUUCAUGUUAGUUGGGAUAGGGUGGUUUAUUCAUGCAAAUCGGAAAUAUUUAAAACAUUUACGGUGUUGCAAUAACAAGGGAGGUAAUUACGUAGCUGUUUUUCACAAUAAGGAUGAUAGUAAUGAAGAUGGCAAGGAUGAUCAAGUGGAUAUUAUUAUUGCGACGACGGAAAAUGAAUCACUACUCAAUAAUGAAGAAACAACAGCUACAGAAGAUGUAAAAAUAGAAUAUAGUGAUGACUGAAUAU